AUGGAACCUCGCUUCAGGAGACGGGCUGAUGGCAGCCUGAAUCUGACGGAUACAGUGGAAGCGUCAAAGGUGAAGGAGGCCAACAAAGGAAAGCCGUACACAAGACCCCUGCCCCCGGAGAAAGUGCUAGACAAAGCCAGGAAAAGUUUAAGUGAGCACCACGGAGAUCUGUCUAAAAGAAAGCACCUGUUGGGUUUCUUUGAAAUCCAAUUUGGUGUAUUUCGUGGGCAAACAUUUAGGUGGGUGGCUGAAAAUGCCCUGGGGUAUGCUGCUUACCUGGUGGCAGCUAUGAAGAGGGACCCCACAGGAGGCAGCAAAGACUCCCAAGAACAUGCCCACAACAAGGGGAGUUUCAGGGAGUAUAUUGAGCUCUUUCCUUCUGGCAGAGUUGCCAUUGCCAUGAAGGAAGAGCAAUAUGCUGGAAAAGCUCCCCAGCAUGCUGCUGACUCCCAGCACUCUGCCCCUACAGAGUUCACCACCCCCACGCAGCACGCUACCACCACCCAUACUUCUACUGCCUCUCUCCGCUCCCUCUUGGUAAGAAAGCUGCCUAACCAAAAAAACUUGAACAAGGCUGUAGAAAGACUGGUUUCCCCCCUCAAAGUCGCACCUUCUUUGGCCCAGGCACGUGCACGGCCCUCAGCCACCCUCACCUGUCCAGCUGUGUCCCUUGAGACAGCCACAGGGCCCUCAGCCACCCUCACCUGUCCAUCUGUGUCCCUUGAGACAGCCACAGGGCCCUCAGCCACUCUCACCUGUCCAGCUGUGUCCACUGAGAUAGAUGACAGCACACUGCUGGCAGAGGCAGCUAAGUUUGAGGCAUCAUAUGUGGCAUCAAGACGAGUUUGUCUUCCGGCUGGAUGGACACACACCCUGCCUGAAGUGGACCAGAGGUGGAUCUCCAAGGCCCUGUUCAGGUGGACAGCACAGGGGCAUCCCGAGCUGGUAUUUAGUAGGGUGAACAAACUUUGGUGGUAUCCUCCACCCGUGCCACUGAAGACCAGCAAUUCUCCUUCCUUGGAGAAUUACUUUGGCCAUCGCCUGCUGCUCUGGAUGCCACGAAAACUGUGGCAAGUGAAGCUGACUUGUCCGCAUCCAGACUGUCAAAAAGAACUUCUGACCUCAGCUGGCUUGCAUCAAAAGAUCAGGCAGGUGGUUGCCAUGGGUGAGAUGUACUUUGUUGCAUCUGAGUACCUGGCCUGCCGAAGAUGUAAGAGGAAGGUCAUCAGCUGGAGCCAUGAUCUCGUUUCCCAGCUCGACAUUGGCCACAGGGUGCUGUUCCCUUGCAUUCUUACUUCAAAACUUGCAUGUGACUUCGAGGUAGUAACUUUGAUGCGUCAGCGCGGGCUGGGAAACAGCAGCAGCCAGAUCCAGCGCAAGCUACAGGAGCGUCAUGUUGAUGUCUGGUUGCAAAAGACAGUCCAGUAUCUGACAGAUUGCAAGGGGGUUGCCAGUGCUGUCACGACGAGCCUGAUCCUGCCUGUGACAUUUGAACCUGUUCCUUCAAUGCCUUCUAUACCCAAGCACCGAUGGCUGAUGCAGGUGUACGCCCAGGAUGUCCUGCAAAGGCUGGAUGAGGUCAAGGCCACUAUAACAUCACAAUAUGGUCGAAUCUUAAAAAUGGAUUCUACCAAAAAAGUGGCCAGAAAACUAGCAGGACGCAGCUAUGGCACUGCUACUUGGGCAACUAAUGUUGGCAAUGAGCAUGGACAGGUGAUCAUGUCCGUGCUCACAGCGAGCGAAGGUUUUGGUCUGGGGCCAAUGAUAGAAGGCCUUAUCAAGCGAUACAGAGUGGCUGGGGUGGCUCCUCCCGAAGUGCUGUAUGUCGACCGAGACUGCUGUGGCAACACUCUUUUGAGGAGGAUGUUUGAAGAGUGGGAGCAAAUGACCAUCCGGUUAGAUGUCUGGCACUUCAUGAGAAGGUUUGCUGUGGGCUGCACCACCGACUCACACCAGUUAUAUGCCACUUUUAUGAGUGGCCUCAGCCAUUGUAUUUUCAUGUGGGACCAGGUCGACCUGACUGCCCUGAAGACAGCGAAGCAUGCAGAGCUAGAAGCUGAUGGGAAACCAUCAUUCGAGGCUGAUGUGCUACGCUGUAUCAGUCGUAGCGAGCUAGCGCUGCAUUGCAGGAGAACCACUCGCGGGACCAAAGAGACCCUGGCAUUGAUUGAGAGCCAUGUUCAGGCCUUUGAUGGAGAUGCUGGUCGUGACACUCUGGGAGUCCCACUAAUAAACUCAGCCUGCAUGAGAGAGAUUUUAAAGUCCCAGCGGAAGCAUGUGGCCUGCAUCCAGGAUCCUGUCGGUGUGCAGCUCUACAUGCAGACGGGUACUGUACUGAAGGGAGGGCACCGCCUGCCAACAUACCGCUGUGCCAGAGGUUCCACUUCACUUGAGUCAUUUCACCUGCACCUUAACAGAUUCAUCCCAGGCACGCUGGCAAGUGACACCUUCUUUCAGGCAUAUCUUUUGGAUGGGCUUGCAAGGUGGAAUGAGGACCGGGCAGUGGCAGCAACAACUAAUCAGCAGCAACCACAUUCCUACAACCAUCUACUGCGUCAUGCGGUCAACACUCUUGCAGAGGAGCUCAUGGGCAUGAAAAUCAUUCCUUAUGUUGGGCCAAGAAAGUACACUGGUGAGCUUAUUGGAGUGGAAUAUCUUUACCAGCAAACUGGUAAAGUUCUGCAGGACUACAAGUUGGCCAUUGAAGAGUCAGAGACUACUGAGGUUGGUAUAGAGGUGGAUGAAGGUUAUGCUGAACUUGAGGAGUUUCAGGACAUCACUGUCCCCACCUUUGACACAUUAACCGGACACCUGCUGCCUCUACACAAGCAUCAGUGUCUGCAGCGUCUGCAGCAUCAUCUCCAACUCCUCCAGCAACCAGCCCCACGUCAUCACUGUUUGUGGUCCCUCCAUCACCAGUGUCAUCUCCUGUCAGCAGCUCACUGCAAACUCAAUCAGAUCUAG